UAACUGGAAAUAGGAGUUCUGGAUUGCAUUUGAGGUUUGUAAAGAGACGAUGGCGGAGUGCUAUCCUUAUCCCCUGCUAGUUGAGGGGGAUUGGGGCCCAAACAUUGCUAAAAUAAUAAAAACCAAACUUCAGAUUUACUUUCAGAGUAAGAAGAGGUCUAACGGAGGUGAAUGUCUGGUGGAAUUUGAGGAUCUCGACAGCAGUCUAGCAACAGUCUGGUUUAAAACAGAGGAAACAAGGAAACGUGUCCUUGAGAAACAAAGCCAUGAGCUGAAUUUAGAAAAAGAAACAGUGAAGAUGACAGUCAGAGUGCCGGAGGACCCAGGAGAGGGAGGAACUUCUCCACAGCCUGGAAAAGAACCAAUUGAUCCACAAGAACAAGAUGCUGUGGCUCACUCGAGUAUAGCAUUACAGGGUGUGUCACUCUAUGAAGGAAAGUCUGAAGUUGGAGACUGUGAAGAUAUUGCAGAGAGCACUUCAGUCGUGCUGGAAAAUGUCCAGGAGAGUAUAACAAAGGACGUUAUUGGAAUGAUGGUGGAGAAUAUCUCUAGCUUAUCAGAAGAAAAGGGGGAUUUUAGUUUGGAAAUCAUUUAUGAAAUAAACAAAGCUGUUGUGUCCUUCAAAAACAGCAAUGAUGUACCAGUAUUUCUUGAGAAAUGCAACAAAAACAAGAGGUUUUAUCAAAACAGACUGGCUGCAAAACCCCUUGAAGUAACAAGAAGUGUCAAAGUGGAAAACCUAUCCCCGAAUGUCAGUGAAGAUCUGCUUCAUUUAUACUUUGAACGGACACAGAAUGGAGGUGGAGAAGUUGACAGCAUUGAAUUGUUUCCUGAAGAACAGUCUGCGAUUAUCUCCUUUCAGGAUCAUACAGUGUCAGAGACUGUAAGAAAGAAAGCCCACACAAUCAAUAAAGCAGCUGUAAAGGUGUAUCCCUAUUAUGAUUCUUUGGGUACAGCUUUGUAUGGGAAAGAGAGACCACAGUGGAAGCUGCCAGACCCGUUUACUGAGAUCAUGGAUUCCUGUGUUUGGAAGUUUCUACACACAAAUAACAAACACAUUACAAUUCUAACAGAAACCAUGGCAAAGUGUUUCUGUGAACUAGACUGCACAAGUCCGGUAGCAAAAAUCAGUCCAUCCCCUGCCUUAUUGAAGCAAAAGUCCUUGACUGCUAAGCAUAUCAAUGCCUGGAAAGAUGAUGCUUUAAGUGUGUUUUCAACUGCUAUGUCUAAGUACAAGUCCUCUGAAUGUCAUGUAAAUUCUUCAGUCUGGAAAAUAAGUGAAAUGGAAAUUCGCAGUGCAGUGACAGAUGCUGUAAUCCUUGUACCAGACAUGGUCCUGGGGAAAGUCAUGAUAGCGGGAAUGGCAGAGGAUGUUGACCAGUUACAGUGGGUUUUGACUGAGAUUGUGGACAAAGCCACUAAACAAAUUGAAAGGGAACAGAAUAGCGUGACAGAGGUGGUUUCUGUGGUACCAGCCAUGUAUAACAUACUGAAGCACGAUGGUCUUCAGGAGAAUACCAUGAAGGAUCAUCCAGAGCUCAAGCUAGCUUACAAACCAGAUGUGAAGAGUCUGAUCCUUUCUGGUUUAGCGGCUGAGGUGUUCAGUAUCAAGAGCAAAGUACUGGAAGCUGUAAUGCACAUGAAAAGGAAGCAAGUUGAGCUCAACCCUCAUAUUGUCAGCUUUCUUAAUGAGGUGGAUAAUGAAGACCUAUCAUACUGCAUCUUUACUGCAAAUGGCAUCAAUGCAAUGUGCGAGACUCAGGAAAGUGUUGUUUUUAUCAUUGGAAAUACAGAUAGGGCUUUUAUUGAAGCAGAAAAGCAAAUUCGGAAAGUUCUAGGUUUUCAGUGCAUUGAUGUAGAAGACAGCAACGUGAUCAAGAAACAAGAGUACAUGCAGUUAAUUGUUUCUCUUGACAAGGCCUACAACGUCCCGAAAAAAGCCAUGGUAAUAAAAAUCUUAAAUGAGCAAAUUGUCAUUGCCGGCUUUUGUGAUCGUGUGACGCACGUGUGUGAACUACUGUCUGAUUUUGUCAACAGAAACUCGCACAUUGAAGAAAUUGUGAAAGUUAAUUCCAGUGCAGUUAUCAAGUUCAUAAAAGACAGAAAAAGUGAUUCAUGGGUGAGGAAUACACACAUAGGGGAGGUGAGAAUUGACUUUCAGACAAGCAAACCAAAAAUCAAACUGGAUGGUCCAAGGGUUUACGUUUUGGAAAUGAAGAAGUUGUUUGAAAAGAUUGUUGCAUCUCUCCAUGCUGACGUGUUGACAAUCAAUAAGCCUGGGGCAAAGAAGUUUUUCCGAGAACAGGGGAACAUGUAUAUUUCCCUAGCCAUGCGGGAACAUAACUGUAUUGUGGUGCUUCAGGGCGAUGACUCUUGGGAAGAUGAUCAGGAGUCGGAUCAGUCUGCUUUCCAGGUGAAACUGUCUGGGGGGGUGGGAAUAUCUGUUUAUAAAGCUGACAUCUGCCAAUGUCCUGUAGAUGUUGUAGUCAAUGCAUCCAAUGAAGACCUGAAGCACUUGGGUGGUCUUGCAGGAGCUCUCCUUAAAGCAGCAGGGCCAGAGCUACAAACAGUGUGUGAUCACUAUAUAAAGGCAAAUGGACUAUUGAAACCUGGUCAGGCAGUUAUAACAAAGGCAGGGAAUCUUCAGUGUAAGUACGUGAUUCAUGCUGUUGGUCCCAGGUGGAAUGCUAUAGAAGCUCAGAAAGCAGAGUUUAAUUUAAAGAGGGCUGUGAAAGAAAGCCUGAACCUGGCUGAAACAAACAACUGCACGUCUAUAGCCAUUCCAGCUAUCAGCUCAGGAAUAUUUGGAUUUCCCUUAGCACACUGUGCAGAAACAAUUGCAAAAUCUGUUCGGGAUCACUGUGAAAAAGCCCUUGGAGGGGGAACUCUGAAGAAGAUACACCUGGUUAACAAUGAUGACAAAACAGUCCAUGCAAUGACUCUUGCUGUCCAAAAAAUAUUUGCUGACCGUGAACCACAAGUAAGAGCAGCUCCGGUGAAACCAGCUACUGAAAAAAGGAGAUUCAAAAAACAGGUUAAAGGACUAGAGACCAUCCAAACAAAAGAAAAACUGACCAUCAUCCUAAGGGAAGGAAACAUCCAAGAUACAACUACUAAUAUCGUAGUUAAUACCAUCUCUGAAGACUUGGACCUCAGCAAAGGAGCUGUUUCUAAAGCCAUUCUACAGGCUGCUGGUCAGGAACUCCAGUCUUUUGUUAAGGAAGAGGCAAUGGGGUUAAAACCAGGCCAUGGAAUGGUACUGAGGACAAAGGGGUGUAAUUUGGAAUGUAAUUUGGUGUUUAAUGCUGUUUCUCCACCAUGGGAUCAAGGGACAGGCAAUGCACAGCAGAUUUUGAAAGAAAUCAUUAAACAUUGUCUACAAGAAGCUGAAACGCUGCAGCAAACUUCAAUCACCUUCCCUGCCAUUGGAACAGGCAAUUUGGGGUUUCCAAAACCUUUGGUAGCCUCAGUCAUGAUGGAACAAGUGUUGAAGUUCAGCAGUAAACGGAACCCAAAGCACCUCCAGGAGGUUGUUUUUCUGGUGCACCCAAGUGAUACUCAAACAGUUGAGGCAUUUAUUGCUGAAUUCAAAAGUAACAAGGUGAAACACCCAGCUGAAUCAGCUCAACCUGGGGCAGGUUUCUUUGGCAGAGUUGUGUCACCUAAUUUAGGUGUAUAUGCAAUGUCAAUCGGAGCUCUAAAACUCGAAGUGCUAACAGGCGAUAUCACAAAGGAGACCACUGAUGUUAUUGUAAACUCCUCUAAUGACACGUUUACUCUCAAAGCAGGGGUAUCCAAGGCAAUUCUAGACGCAGCUGGCCAGCUUGUUGAGUUUGACUGUAUGCAAUUAGCGGCACAGCCACAUAAAGGGAUAAUAGUUACCCAACCAGGAAAUUUGCAGUGUUGCAAAAUCGUUCACAUUGUUGGUCAAAAUGAUCCCGACAACAUCCGGACUAUUGUGAAGGACGUUCUGCAGCUGUGUGAUGAGAACACAUUCACCUCCGUAGCCCUGCCUGCUCUCGGAACAGGGCAGGGGGGUGCAGCUCCUUCUUUAGUAGCUGAUGCAAUGAUUGAUGCAGUAGUUGACUUUGUGAGUAAGAAACAAAAUGAGUGUGUGACGCGUGUUCGAAUCAUCAUCUUCCAGACCGUUAUGCUAACGGCAUUUCACAAAAGCAUGCAGAAGAGAGAAGGCACGGCACUGCCAGAGCCUCAGACUUUAAUGUCUAAAUUCAAAUCAUUCAUUUUUGGAAAGCCUGGUAAAGAAGAAAAACCUAAUGAAGAGUUUGUUGUGGAAGGAGAAGAAAUUGAUCCAGCAGUUUUGCACAUCUGCGCAGAAACAAGAAACAGUGUGGAAAGAGCCAAGUCCUGGCUAACAGAUUUAAUUGUUAAAGAACAUGUUGAGGAGAAGAUUGAGGAUGUGUGUAUCAAGCGAUUCACUGAUAAGGAACAUGAUGCCAUCAAAACACUUCAAAGAAAACUUCAGAUCAGCGUAAAGCUUGAGUGUACUAACUACGAGGCAUACAUCCAAGUGGGAGGACUGUCAAGAGAUGUGCUGACUGCAGUCUCGGAAAUCCAGAAUAUGAUAAAAAAAGUCAGAGAUGAGGAAUCCCAGAAUCGCGAUGCUGAAAUGAUCAGCAGCAUUGUAGAAUGGCAGUAUGCAAAGGGUUACACACAUGUGCCAUUCGACAAGCACACAAACCUUAAACUGGAACGGGCUUUUGGUAACAAGGAAAUGCACAUUAAGGUCAAUAAUAUGACGUUUAACCUGGACAAAAAUAUUGCUGUAGAUGCAAAUAGGAAAUGCAUACCGAUAAGACGAGUUUCAAAGACAGAAGACAGUGCUUUAGACAACCUGCCAAGUCACUGGGAUGAUAUGAAGGGGUCAUCACUUCUGAGGAUACAGCUACUGGCAACGUCAAAGGAAUACAAGGAUGUGGCACUUUUAUUUACAAAGACUUGUCAGAACUUCAGAAUUUUGAAGAUUGAAAGAAUCCAGAAUCCAUGUUUUUGGAAGAGCUACCAAAUGAAAAAGCAGUCUUUUGAUAUGAAGAACAACAUUGCCAAUAAUGAAAUUCAGUUAUUCCAUGGAACAGCUGACUCUACAAUAGGGGCAAUCAAUGCAAAUGGGUUUAACCGUAGCUUUGCUGGAAAGAAUGCUGCAGUUCUUGGAAAAGGAACAUAUUUUGCAGUUGAUGCAAGUUACUCUGCAAACAACACUUACUCUGUACCUGACGUGCUUGGAAACAAGUACAUGUAUCUCGCCAGAGUACUCACCGGUGUGUCCACCCGCGGACAGGCUCAUAUGAUCGUUCCUCCUUCCAAAAGUGCAGACCCUGCUGAUUUGUAUGACAGCUUAACAGACAAUGUGGCAAAUCCUAAAAUCUUUGUAAUAUUUAAUGAUGUACAGGCUUAUCCUGAGUACCUAAUCACUUUCAGGUGAUUCAGUUGAUUGUUGAAAUGUUCUGCACAAGAUAAUCAUGUGGUCAUUAUUAAAGCAAAUUUACUGGUUGUGCCUUUAUCAGUCAUAAUAAUUAGUAUAUUGUAUACUGUGUAGUAAAGCUUUGAACAAAAAUGUAAUGAUUGAAGCACGAAGAUUGAAUAUAGUUGUGCAGCAGUCCUCACUGUUACCCUGUUAACGUCAGAACACCAGUCCUGGUGCUUAUCAAAGUACUGAACCUAAUGUACAAACAACAAAAACUGAAUAAAAAAGCAGGGACUUAUUUAGAAAGGGACCCACCACUAUUUGCAUCCAUGCUUGACUGAUGUGUUCCUGUACACCUAGACCCUAUUGAGAACUACUGGAGCCAGAGCAGUGCUGCCUGUACACGUGCCUAAACACCCUGGGAGUACCCCCUAUUGACAUGCUGCAGUAUUGUAAUGUGGAUUAAUACUGCCAAUGUCUAUCUGUACAGAGGUAAAUGCAUGGAAUAGGUUACCAGGUUGCAGUGCUCGAAGCACAACGAACAUACAAAAAAAAAGUUCUGACCUGUGGAAUAUUAUGGUCUGUAGGGCAAACAAAGGCUGUGCUAGCCAUGUCAGCCUCUCUGUGCCGAAUAACCUUAUCUUGUGAUCAACAUUUCUAAUGUUCUUACAAUCUUAGGGAUUAUAGAAUGCAUAGGCAUUAGGGUGUCACAAAAUGUCUUCUUGACUGUUCUGUAAUAAUUGGAUAUAUGUACUGUGUUUUAAUAUAAUACCAUUAUUAAAAGUGUUUUUUUUUUUUUUUUUUUUUUAAGUUUGGUGUCUAUCACAAGUGUAACCGUUUUUUUUUUUAUUUGAAGUUUUUAAAUACAAGUAAACUGCACUGAGUAAUGGAAAGCUGUAAUUUAAAGAAGGCUUUUUUCACACUGUGUUGGCCCAGACGUCUUGAAUUCUCAGGAUUGUAGGUGCUAAUCUGAAAUUUUUCUGGUUUGCUUUGUUGUCUGAUCAGAAGCCCCCCUUAAUGGUUGAUGUUUUAAUGCACAUGAUAAAAUAAAUAAAUAAAUAAAUAAAUAAAAACCCUGAA